AUGUCAGACAGCGCUGCCAGUACAAUCGAGCUCGGCCACGAGGCUGUUGACCACCCUCACAAGAGGCAAUCAGCAACCCUGGACUCUUCUGACAAGCCAAUCGAAGAGAAAAGCUCCAUCAAAGCUGUCGAUGAAAAUGUCAAGCAAGUGACAGUGACAUGGAGUGGGAUUUCUAUCCAUGUCCCGGCCUCAGAGGCUGUGCAGGGCGACACUCUGUGGUCGGAUGUCAACCCCAUGAAUUUGGUGGGGAUGUUCAGUCAAAAGAAGGAAACUACAAUUCUCAACGACAUGACUGGUCAGCUGCGGCCGGGAGAAAUGAUGUUGGUACUCGGUCGACCUGGAGCAGGCUGUUCAUCACUGCUCAAAAUCCUUUCGAACGAUCGCGAUGGGUUCGGCAAAGUCGAUGGAUCUGUCCACUAUGGAAGCCUGGACCACAACCAAGCUGCCAAAUUCCGUCAGGAACUGAUGUUCAAUAACGAAGGUUCGAUCCCCAAUUCACUUUGCAUAAUGAUGGAAGGAACAAAUUGGAGUAACCAUGCUUUAGAUGAUAUUCACUUCCCAACACUGACCGUCGAUCAAACGAUCAAGUUCGCUCUCCGAAACAAGACCCCAGCGGAGAGACCUGAAGGCAUGUCACGAAAUGGUUUCGUGGAAAAGACGCGAGAUGAAAUCCUAAGCUCGCUUGGAAUCCUGCACACCAAGCGAACACUUGUGGGUAACGAGUUUGUCCGUGGUGUGUCAGGCGGAGAGCGAAAGCGAGUGUCUCUUGCAGAAGUGAUGGCAGGUCAAAGUUCUGUGCAAUGUUGGGACCAAUCAACCCGAGGCCUUGACGCCAGUUCCGCGCUCGAUUUUGCCAAAAAUUUGCGCCGCAUUGCCGAUGAACAGCGGAAGACGAUCAUCGCCACUCUUUAUCAAGCAGGAAACGCUAUCUACGAUCAAUUUGACAAGGUUAUGGUGAUUGCAGCGGGACGGACAAUCUACUAUGGCCCGCGUCAUUUGGCGCGUCCUUACUUCGAGGAGAUGGGAUUUGUGUGUGGCCGUGGUGCUAACGUCGCCGAUUUCCUAACCUCUGUCACUGUCGCUGUUGAGCGCACUAUCAAGCCCGGCUUUGAAGGGAGCGUCCCUCAGAAUGUCUUGGAGUUCGAGUCACGAUACAAAUCGUCCAAGAUCUACAAGGCGAUGGUUGAGGAGAUGAUCCCAUCACGAGAGCUAGAGAGAGAAACUGCAUCCUUCAUUUCUCAUGUCUCCCGAGAGAUCGCCGGCAAGGAAACCAACGUGAAGAAUCCGUACAACGCCUCAAUCCGUGAUCAGGUUAUCGCAUGCACCAUUCGACAAAGCCAAAUCAUAUGGGGUGACCGGAUCUCACUCAUUAUCAAGGUCGCCUCAGCCCUUAUCCAGGCCCUAGUCUCAGGGAGUCUGUUUUACAAUCUAGCGAAUACCAGUUCCUCGACAUUCCUUCGACCUGGUGCCCUUUUCUUCCCUCUCAUGUAUUUCUGCAUGCAAUCACUCUCGGAAACGACUUCGUCUUUCAUGGGACGCCCGAUUCUUGGCCGGCAAAAGCGUUUUGCAUUCUAUCGGCCCACUGCAUACUGCAUCGCUAGUGUUAUUACCGACAUUCCCGUCGUUUUCCUACAGGUCAGCGUGUUCACAAUCGUGUAUUACUGGAUGUGUGCUUUCCAGGCAGAUGCGGGGAAGUUUUUCACAUUUUGGAUUAUCGUGAAUGCGACUACGCUCUGCUUCUUGUCAUUCUACCGUAUGAUUGGGGCCAACUGCAACAAGUUUGGCAAUGCCUCAAAGAUUUCUGGAUUUUUCACAACAAUCAUGAUGAUUUACACGGGCUACCUGAUCCCAUUUCAGAAGAUGCACGUUUGGUUUCGAUGGAUUUUCUGGAUCAAUCCCGCUUCCUAUGCGUUCGAGAGUGUGAUGGGUAAUGAGUUCGGCGGUCUCCUCAUGGAGUGCGUCGCCCCUCAGUAUGUCCCCUACGGCUCUGGUUAUGAUGAUGACCAGUUCCGCGGCUGCCUUAUUGCAGGAUCCUCCGGAGCAGACAUUCCAGGCGCAGACUACAUACAUUCUCAAUAUCACUACUCCAUCCACCAUGUUUGGAGGGGCUUUGGUGUUGUAGUCAGCAUGUGGCUUUUCUUUGCCUUCCUCACAGCAGUCGGAUUUGAGCGACUUCGAAGCCAAGGAACCUCGUCUUAUCUGGUCUUCAAACGUGGAACCAAUCCCCAGGACGAAGAGAAGACCGCCGUUCAGGCCUCUGGUAACACGGACGCCGACCAUGAUAUGCCAAAGCAAGCUAUAUUCACUUGGGAUCACCUUGAUUACCAUGUUGACUAUCACGGCUCAAAGCUUCAGCUACUGAACCAAGUUUUCGGAUACGUCAAGCCUGGUAACUUGGUCGCACUGAUGGGAUGCUCAGGCGCAGGAAAAACUACCCUCCUUGAUGUGCUGGCUCAGCGUAAGGAUUCUGGCGAAAUCUCAGGCUCAAUUCUUGUCGACGGAAAACCGCAAAACAUCAGUUUCCAGCGUACGACUGGCUACUGCGAGCAACUUGACGUUCACGAACCAUCAGCCACUGUUCGAGAGGCUCUUAUAUUCUCAGCCCUGCUCCGUCAGCCGGCUGACGUUCCGAAACAAGAGAAAAUCGAUUACGUGGACAAAAUUCUCGACUUGCUCGAACUUAGCGACAUCAGCGAGGCAUUGAUCGGAACUCCGGGUGCUGGAUUAAGCAUCGAACAGCGGAAACGAGUCACUCUAGGUGUUGAGCUCGUCGCCAAACCUUCUUUGCUCCUUUUGGACGAGCCCACGUCUGGUCUUGAUGGUCAAUCUGCAUUCAACAUUGUCCGUUUCAUGAGAAAGCUUGCGGAUUCAGGACAAGCUGUUUUGUGCACCAUCCACCAGCCAUCAGCUUCUCUGUUCGAUGCAUUUGAUUACCUCUUGCUACUUGCAAAGGGAGGUAAAAUGACAUACUUUGGCCAAACCGGAGAGGGCUCCGAUAUCAUUCUGGAUUAUUUCGCACGAAAUGGCGCACCUUGCCCCGAAGAUGCAAACCCAGCAGAGCACAUCGUAGAUGUCGUCCAAGGCAGAUUUGAUCCUAACGUGGAUUGGAAUCAGAUUUGGGAAGGGUCGGAAGAAAACCGUGUAGCGCUUCGUGAGCUGGAAGAUCUCAAAGCAAAGGCGGCGGCUGAAGUAACAGAGGAUGUUAUGCUCACGGACUACGCAACCUCCAAGAUGUAUCAACUCCAAGUGGUUCUAGAGCGGCAGAUGGUUAAGCUCUGGAGGAGUCCGGACUACAUGUGGAACAAGAUUAUCUUGCACGUGUUUGCUGCACUCUUCAGUGGAUUCACUUUCUGGAAAAUUGGUGACUCGGUCCUUGAUCUCCAGCUUCGACUGUUCGCCAUCUUCAACUUCGUCUUCGUUGCCCCUGGUGUCAUCAAUCAACUCCAGCCAUACUUUUUGCAGAACCGUGAUAUUUUCGAGACGCGCGAAAAGAAGGCCAAAACCUACCACUGGAUAGCAUUUAUUGGUGCUCAAGCUAUCUCCGAGAUGCCGUACCUCGUCGUUUGCGGCACGUUGUAUUUCCUCUGCUGGUAUUUUACUGUUGGCUUCCCGAGUUUACCUGAAAUUUCUGGUCAUAUGUUCUUCCAGAUGAUCCUCUACGAAUUUUUGUACACCCCAAUCGGCCAGGCCAUUGCUGCGUACGCUCCAAAUGAGUAUUCCGCUUCACUCGUUAAUCCCCUUGUCCUUGGAGCUGGAUUGAUCGGCUUUUGUGGUGUUGUUGUACCCUACGAGCAGAUCAAUGUCUUCUGGCGUUACUGGAUGUAUUAUCUGGACCCAUUCACCUACCUCAUCGGUGGCCUCCUGGGAGAGGUUCUCUGGGAUGCUCCUGUGAAAUGCGCCGACAACGAGUGGACCUCCAUUGAUCUCCCCAACAACCAAACAUGCGGUUCUUACAUGGAAUCUUUCAUCGAAACAGCAGGAGGAUAUGUCCGUGACGUUGCAUCCACGACCUCGUGCCACUACUGUCAGUACGCGGUCGGAUCAGAAUACGCACCACAGUUCAACCUCAAGGCCAAGUACUAUUCUUGGAGAGAUACUGGAAUUACUGCGCUCUUCUGUAUCACCACAUACAUCUGUGUUUUCAUUAUGAUGAAACUUCGCAGCAAGAAGACCAAGACUGCUUCCGAUUAG